AUGAGCGAUGUAGAAGCGGUAAAGGAGCUUGGCGAACAAUACCAACAGCUCAAAAAGGAAAUUGGUAAAGUGGUGAUUGGUCAGCACGAAGUUAUUGACCUGCUCAUCCUCUCCAUAAUUUGCCGCGGUCAUUCUCUCUUGGUAGGCCCUUUGUUUGCCAAUAUUAUUCUGGCCGAUGAGAUAAACCGUACGCCUCCCAAAACCCAGUCGGCACUGUUGGAAGCCAUGCAAGAGCGUUCUGUUACGGCCGCGGGAAGCACAUACACCAUGGCCGAGCCAUUUUUUGUGUUGGCCACACAAAAUCCCAUAGAGCAGGAGGGAACCUAUCCGCUUCCCGAAGCGCAGCUAGACCGCUUCAUGUUUAACAUUGAAGUGGGGUACCCCAGCUUUGAAGAGGAGGUAAAUAUUGUGAAAAACACCACCAGCGGGGUAGAUGAAAAGAUAAACAAGGUGCUAUCAGCCGAAGACAUUCUUCGUUUUCAGAAUUUGGUACGGAAAAUACCCGUAAGCGACAAUGUUUACGAAUACGCCAUAAACCUGGCCCAGGCCACCCGCCCCGGCACCGAUCGCGCUAAAGAAGUAACAGAAAAUUACAUCAGUUGGGGCGCGGGCCCCAGGGCCUCGCAAAACCUCAUUUUAGGAGUUACUUCAUCAUUGGGCAAGGGUAUUAUUUCGGCCUCUUUGGCCACCCUUCUGCAAUCGCGCGGUUACAGCGUUACCAUUCAGAAAUUAGACCCCUACAUUAACAUUGACCCCGGCACGCUAAAUCCCUAUGAACACGGAGAGUGUUACGUGACUAAUGAUGGCGCUGAAACGGAUUUAGACCUGGGCCACUAUGAGCGAUUUCUGAACCGCCCAACUUCACAAGCCAAUAACGUAACCACCGGCCGGGUGUAUCAAAGCGUGAUUAACAAAGAACGCAAAGGUGCCUAUUUGGGUAAAACGGUUCAGGUAAUUCCCCAUAUCACCGAUGAGAUUAAAGAUCGCAUCAUGCACCUGGGCAACACGGGUGAAUUUGAAAUUGUAAUUACUGAAAUUGGUGGCACCGUGGGCGACAUUGAAGCCCUGCCCUAUAUUGAGGCGGUAAGGCAAUUGCGCUGGGAGCUUGGCGCAGACAGCCUCGUGAUACACUUAACCCUCAUUCCGCACCUGGCGGCCACGGGAGAAUUAAAAACCAAACCCACGCAGCACUCGGUGCAAAAGCUGCAAGAAAGCGGAGUGCAACCCGAUGUGUUGGUGUGCCGCACAGAGCACCACAUUACCGAAGAAAUUAGAAGAAAACUAGCCCAGUUUUGCAACGUAAAGAAAGAGGCGGUUAUUGAGAGCAUUGAUGCGGAAACCAUUUACGCGGUACCCAUUUUAAUGCGCAAUCAAAACCUGGAUGAAGUGGUUUUGAACCGGCUCAAUUUGCCCAUUGAAGACAACCUUGACCUGGUGAAUUGGAAAGACUUCCUGUACAAAUUGAGGUAUCCAAAACGGGAGGUAGAAAUUGGUUUAAUAGGCAAGUAUGUUGAGCUGCAUGACAGCUAUAAGUCAAUUGUUGAAUCGUUUAUUCACGCGGGUGCCAGCAAUGAGUGCCGGGUAAAAAUCAGGUGGAUACACUCGGAAAACCUUACCGGUGAAAGUGUGCCAAAGUACCUGGAAGAAUUGGACGGCAUUUUGGUAGCACCCGGUUUUGGGGAACGCGGGUUUGCCGGAAAGCUGGACGCCAUUCAAUACGCCCGAGAAAACAAAAUUCCGUUUUUGGGCAUUUGCCUGGGCAUGCAAGCGGCUGUUAUUGAGUUUGCCCGAAAUGUUUUGGGAUGGGCCGAUGCCAAUAGCACCGAAAUGAACCCCGAAACUUCUCAUCCGGUUAUUGCCCUGAUGGAAGAACAAAAGAAAAUUGUGAACAUGGGCGGCACCAUGCGUUUGGGCGCCAACGAUUGUUCGCUGUUGGAAGAUUCCAUUGCCUUUAAAACCUACCGCAGAAAAUUGAUUAGCGAAAGGCAUCGCCAUCGCUACGAGCUAAACAACGAGUUUCUGGAAGAUUUGGAGUCGCAUGGCUUGCGAGCUGUGGGGCGCAAUCCAGAAACUGAUUUGGUGGAAAUAAUUGAAUUGAAUGAUCAUCCUUGGUUUGUGGGCGUGCAAUUUCACCCAGAGUACAAGAGUACCGUUUCAAACCCACAUCCAUUAUUCGUAAAAUUUGUUGAAGCGGCUGUUGAGCACAGUCGUCAAGAAAACUCUUAG